AUGGCCUCACGCUUCCCCUCGUCCAGCGACGCAACUUCAUCAAAAUCGAUACUCGAUACCUGGGAGGGAACCAUCUUCUUCUACUACGCCGAAUUUUGCAGCAUGGCAUCCUCAUGGUUAUCUCCGUCCGGCGGUGCAACAUCAUCAAAAUCUAUCCCUGACACCUGGGAGGGAGCCGUCGGCCCAGAAUCUGCCUAUUCCCCCAGAACAGAGAUACCUGGAGCGUCCAGUGCCCACUACUGCUGGUCGAGCUCUGCAGCGCGGCGAAGCAUCCCAGCAACGCUUUCCGCAGUCAGUCAGUUCCACUCCAAUUUAGGAACGAACCCUGGAGAUAGCGCUGCUUCGACCGCAGAUCUGCGAUUUGUCAAUCUUGUAUCCCCGGAUGAGCAGCUGGAGAUGCCCAACGCACUCCAAGGAGCCUUCCCGAACUCAGUGCCGACUACUAGUCCCAGCAUGUUUCCCGCACCACAAGCGCGUCUAUCCGUGAUGCCAAAUGGGACACAACCCCCGCAGAUGGGUGGGACCAAACCCGCCAUUCUACCGCCAACUCGGGAACAGCUCGCACACGCAGAGGACGUGAUCCAGAAUCUGAAACACGCUUACUCAACAAAACUGCCGACGAUGCCACACCACAAAUUGUCAGACGACCAGCGAAUGGAGUACUACCAGCUACUACAGCAGCUUCAGAAGAUGACUCAGGACCUCGAUGUCAAACUACCAUUAUACUGGAUUGUGUUAAGAUCGGACAAUAUGAUCCGCAACCUCGUCGCAAUCGUAUCAUUGGUGGCACAUCAAAGGGCCAGUUAUUCGAGAAGGUCGAACCUGGUCAUAAUCGAUCCCUCCGCUCUAAAGAGCAUGUAUAGCUUACUGCAAUAUGCUGCCGAGCACUUCAGGCAUCAGACGAUGGAAGCUGUCGUCGCACUCCAACAAAUGGAUGAUGGACUUGCUGGUGUUGUCAUAAAUCGACCAUCUCCCCCACCUACCGCUCCAAACAUCAUUCCCUCCACCCAGUCUAUCCCCCCAAUUAGCAUACCAGACUUCACUGGACACCUCACCCGAUGCAGCCAAGACCCUGUAUCCGGCGGUACCUAUGGAAAUAUUUACAAAUGCGUAUACCGCACACCAGAGGGCUAUGUAAUGGUCGCCGUCAAAGCAAUUCGACCGCAAUUCCUCGAUACUGCAAUAAUGUUGGUAUUCCGGAGAGAGCUCGGGAUUUGGAAGAGGUUGGAACAUCCUAAUAUAUUGAAGUUCAUGGGUACUACUGGAGACUUUGGACCCUAUGUGGCUCUAGUUGCUCCAUGGAUAGUCAACAACACUCUGACGUCGUUCCUUAAGAACAACGACACCCUCACACCGCGUGAUCGUCUGCUUCUGCUCCGUGGCGUCGCUGCUGGCCUCGACUAUCUUCAUACGUUUCGCUUCACUGUUAACGGACAGACAUACUUUAAUACAGUUGUCCAUGGAGACCUCAGUGGUAAUAAUGUCCUCAUCGGUAGUGAUAACACUGCAUACCUUGCAGACUUUGGCAUGUCGGGAGCUUUAACAAAAUCGCCCGGCAUGACGUACCUCAUGAGGAUGAGCGAUCAUCCAGGUGCAGUGAGAUGGGCAGCUCGUGAACUUCUUACUGUGGAUGAAUCAGCUUCUGCAGUCACCACUCAGAGCGACAUCUACUCCUUUGGUUGCAUCAUGCUUCAAGUCUUGACAGGAGAUAUCCCGUGGCGUCACUUGAAAAAUGAUUUCGCAAUCUGGUCGAAAGUGUCUAUAGGGGAAAUACAUCCUCGUCCCCAUUGUGUGAUUGACCGUUACUGGAAUUUUAUGGCCCGUUGCUGGUCUGAGACACCCACCGAUCGGCCUUCUGCCAAGGAAAUACUUCAAUUUAUUGAUAGCGAGCUCGCUCAAUACUAUCGAGCGAAUAUUAUAUGA